UGUGGUUUGUGGACAGUGGCUGUCCGAAUCAUAUGACAGGCACCAAAUCCUUGUUCAAGGUGCUUGAUGAGUCACAAAAGAUAAAUGUGCAACUUGGGAACAAAAGGGAGAUGCAAGUUGAAGGAAAAGGCAUAGUGAAAUUUUUUACUAGCCAUAGAGAAGGAAAAAUUUAUGACAAUGUUCAAUUUGUUCUUGAUUUAGGAUACAAUUUAUUGAGUGUUGGACAACUAAUGGCUGGUGGAUAUUCUGUCAUAUUUGAUGAUGAUGCAUGUAUCAUCAAAAACAAAAAGUCAGGCAAACAAGUCCAUGUCCACAUGACUCCAAACAAGAUGUUUCAAACACGGAGAACUUUGUUCUUGUUGCAAGUGCAAAGGAUGACAAGAAGCUAUGACAUUUGAGGAAUUCUAAUCAAAGCGUUGAUGGCAAAGACGAGAAACAAGAACAUACAAGCCAAGCUGGUAUUUCUUGGGGAUAUGGGAGCUGGGAAAACAAGCUUGGUAUCGAGAUUUGUCAGAGGCCAAUUUUCCGAUUUCCAGGAAUCGACAAUCGGAGCAGCCUUCUUCACUCAGGUAUUGUCACUAAAUGAAGCCACCAUAAAGUUAGAUAUAUGGGACACCGCAGGUCAGGAGAGAUACCACAGCUUGGCUCCUAUGUACUACCGUGGCGCAGCCGCUGCUGUUGUGGUCUAUGAUUUGACUAGCUCGGAGUCAUUUGAGCGUGCCAAAAAAUGGGUUCAAGAACUGCAAAGACAAGGAAAUCCAAAUCUGAUAAAGUUCUUGGUAGCAAACAAGGUUGACUUGGAAGAAAAGAGAAAAGUGGGAAAUGAGGAAGGUGAGCUAUAUGCCAAAGAAAAUGGCUUGAAUUUCCUUGAAACAUCUGCAAAGACUGCACACAACGUCAAUGAGCUUUUCUAUGAAAUAGCGAAGAAGUUGGCAAAAGCUGCUCCGUCUCGGCAUACUGGAAUGAAGUUGCAUAGCAGACCGCAAGAAACGGGAAGAAGAUUCUUCUGUUGCUCCUGAUCCAAGGCUAGCUGUAUAACUUGUAUGUAAUUUGUGUCAUUGACAUCUGUGUUCUGAGACUGAGCAUUCGGUUUUCAUAUGAAUAAAACCUGGCUGUUAUGUUGAGUUAA